AUGGGAGAGAAUGGAGCUGCUAACGGCCAACACUUUGUUGAGUCGACUGACUACGAAGGCAACGUUUUUCAGUAUAUCUGUCGAGUAGGCGACGUCGGAGAGCUUUUACAGGCUCUGGAAUCCAUGCGGUGGACCGACGUCCUGCAUCAGUAUGACUUCUGUGGAAGACAGGUCACUCACGCCGUAGCUGAGGACGACCAAGCUAACGCUAAGUCGAAAAUCGAGAUACUCUGGAACAUGGGUGCUGAUAUCAAUGCUAAGGAGCUUAUUAUGGGCAACACCUUGCUGCAUAUUGCGGUGAUCACUAGGAAUUAUCUGCUGGCCGAGUGGAUUUGCCGAACACCUGGUGCAGACCUAGGAGCUGUAAACUCUUUGCAAGAUACUGCCUAUCAAGUUGCCUAUAGAAUUUCAGACCUUGGAAUGAUGGAAGUCCUAAGGACUAACGGCGCUGUGUGUGACGAUCCUUCCGAUGAGUUAGACACAUCGAGUGAAAGUCUUGAAUUGACUCCGAGGUAA